AUGGGGACAACUCCGCGUUUCGUUUCAAGGAUGGAUCAGAAGCCUGCACAGAACAUGCAUGACGAAUACUGGCAUGAGCACGUGGACGCGAAUCAAUAUCCGGGGUUCGAGUACACAGCAUUAAUCUACCUCAACGACCAGGGGCUUGACUACACGGGGGGACUGUUCUCGUUCAUCGACGAGGACAUCGCCAAGGGGCAGGCAAAGGUCGAGACCAUCAGCCCUAAAUGUGGAAAGCUGGUCUACUUCACUUCUGGUCCAGAGAACGUGCAUAGAGUGCACAAGGUUGAAUCGGGGCUCCGAUAUGCACUGACGAUUGCCUUCACCUGCGACAAGAGCAAGGAGCUUUCGGGGGAGUGGAACGCGUAA